CAUUCCGCUAUUUCUGCAAACGAACAUAGCAACAGUGAUUAGGAUCUGGUAAAUCCCCUGCUCGUUGGAUCUUCUCAGAACUCAGUAAGAUGGACGCCGGCGGUAAAGUGAAGAAGGGAGCUGGUGGAAGGAAAGGAGGCGGCCCGAAGAAGAAGCCUGUCUCCCGGUCCGUGAAAGCCGGCCUUCAGUUCCCGGUCGGAAGGAUCGGUCGUUAUCUCAAGAAAGGGCGAUAUUCGGAGCGGGUCGGCACCGGUGCUCCUGUUUACAUGGCGGCAGUUCUUGAGUAUCUUGCUGCUGAGGUUCUUGAACUGGCAGGAAAUGCAGCCAGAGACAACAAGAAAAACAGGAUAAUUCCAAGACAUGUUUUACUGGCAGUGAGGAACGAUGAGGAGCUUGGAAAGCUUCUUCAUGGAGUGACAAUUGCCCAUGGAGGGGUAUUGCCAAACAUCAACCCUGUCCUCUUGCCGAAGAAGUCGGCUGACAAGGCCGGUGAGAAGACACAGAAAUCCCCAUCAAAGGCCACAAAAUCACCCAAGAAGGCUUGAUGGAUGUUUGUGGAUUUGAAGGGCUUUGUUGAUUACUACUCUAGUGGCAUGUUACCUGUUGGGUAUGGAUAUUGGUAUGUAGGGAAGAUCUCUUUAUAUAACUGGUGUAAUUGUUUUCUCUGUGAUCCCUUCAUCCUUUUUAAUGUUUCAUUCUCUGAUUCAUGACUGUGGAGCUGUGGGCUCUAUCUGCACAUUGCACAUUCAAAGCCUGCACAGUUGUGUUGGGACUUCUAGCUUAAGUGCCAGCCUUUUAACAUUUGUAGUGCUCCCUUGUGUUGUAGACUGCCUGUUUCCCUUGUAACUUGAGUACAUUUCAGAUGUUUAGUUUAAAAUUUAAGUCUAUACAAAUCCAUUCCUAACA